AUGGGUGUCAAGUCGCUCUGGAGUCUUCUGGAGCCAGUCGGCCGACCAGUCCCGCUGGAGACCAUGGAGGGUAAGGCCAUGGCCAUAGACUCUAGUAUUUGGAUAUAUCAGUUCCAAGCCACCAUGCGCGACAAAGAGGGUCGUGGUCUGGUCAACGCGCAUGUGCUUGGAUUCUUGCGACGUAUCAGCAAGCUGCUCUUCUACGGGAUCAAGCCAGUCUUUGUCUUUGAUGGCGGUGCGCCCGCUCUCAAACGAACAACUAUCUCUGAGAGAAAGAAUAAGAAGAGCGGGGCCGCUGCCAGCCAUGCAAAGGUGGCCGAACGGCUGCUUGCCGCACACAUGCGCAGGGAAGCUGUUAGCCAGGCGCAGAAGGUUCAAGGGUUUAAAAGCAAGGCCGGUGGUCCGGUGAUCUUAGAUGAGAAUACUGUAUACCUUGAGGACUUGGAAAAUCCCCAACCCGCCAAGCCCCAAACACCUGCCAAACAGACGUCAAUGCCGACUGAGCAAUCACCUCCCUCGUCGAAGAAGAAUAGUCGCUGGCACGACCAUGACCCAUACAGGCUGCCGGACGUCAACAUGAACGAAAUGAUCGCAAAUGCGACUCGUUCGGUUGCGCCAGAUCCCCGUUUAGCGACUGAGGAAGAGUUGCGUUCUUUCAUAGAGGAAAUGCGCCCCGAUGACUUCGAUGUCUCGUCUCUUGCGUUUCGCGAGCUGCCCACGGAGGUGCAAUACGAAAUCAUAGGCGAUCUACGUCUUAAGUCUCGCCAGACGUCGUACAAACGACUUCAGAACAUGCUCAAAAAUGCGAAGACUCCGAUGGAUUUCUCCAAAGAGCAGAUUAAGAAUUUGAAACAACGCAAUUCUCUGACGCAACAGCUUCUAACCACCACGGAUAGCAUCGGAAAAGCGCACGUGGAAAUUCCGAUUCGUAUUGCCAGUGAACGAAACAAGCAGUACAUCUUGGUCAAGAACGAGGGCGAAGGCGGCGGAUGGGUCCUCGGCGUGCGAGACGAAGGCACCCGCGCAAAGCCUAUAGAGAUUGAUCAAGAUGAGCCCGCACCGCAAAAGCAAGAGGUCGGAGCAAAAAGAGCCCUUGACGAUGCCGGAGAGGAUAGUGACAUGGACAUGGAAGAAGUACCUAUAUCUGUAGGUGCGGCUGUGGAUCCUGACUUGCGCGAAUAUCGUCGCAGGCAGGCUCUGUCCGCUCUGUCGAAGCGUUAUUCGCCGAAGAAGCUGACUCCCCUGACCACAAAGCCGCCGCGCAAGGAUAGCAAGCCUCUCUUUGCACCGGAGGACGGCGAGGCCGGACAGGCACCGAGCGACGAUGAGAUGGAUCCUGAACUCGUCAGCGCCAUCCAGGAGUCUUUGAUUGAUGAAGAAGCUCGUGAGCUUGAAAGGGCAAUCGUGGCUUCCAGAGCGGAUUCUUCUCGCUCUCGUCACAUUCACGAUAUCCCUGGAUCGAAUGUAGGGGCCUCUAGCUCGCGUUCUACAUUGGACAGCGCUCUGCCGCAAACACCCAGAGCAGGCUCAAGUUCACAUGACCUCCAGCUCCUCGAGGAUAUGCGUGAUUCGGACGAUGAAUUGUACGCGUCGCCGACACGCCUGGAGACAGCCUUGUCCAUCGCGAAUGCAGGACCUAAGAAGCCGUCACCUCCGCAGAGGAAAAGUGCGAGCCAACGUUUUCUUCAUGACUUCGGCAUGCCGACAUUGCUGCUGUCGGAGGAGCAACAGCAGGUGCAAGCCCAUCCCGUAUCCCGGACACUCGAUGAUUCGGGCUCGGAGGACGACGACAUGGUAAAAGUCCCACUUCAAGCUUCCCCACUUCGGUUUUCAUCGGGUGCACCAGCUGUCGAACAUUCUCUCGCUGCAAUCUCGACUCGAGAUGUGUCUCCGGCAUCACCCGUCAUGGAGGCGAACCGCAUCCCGGAGUCUCUCUCCAGCGAUGAGGACGAGGAGAUGGAGGAGAUUCUUCCUCAAGUCUAUGAUUCACCAUCUACACACCAUCUGAAUGCAUCUUUGACCGCCUCAGCUGCUGCAGUCACGUCGAGUACGACGGAAGUCUUCGUGGCAGAAGCUGUAGUAGCCGCCUCAUCCCAGCAUUCUCGUGCAUCCUUGCACUCUGUUAUCUCAGUCUCUAAUCGUCGAGCUACUGUGACAGUCGACGAAAGCAAGAAUCGAUUCUACGAAGCCCCGCCGCCUGUACCCGACACGUCUCUUUCGCCCAACAAUAGUUCUUCCCCCGAGUCCGACGGCGAGCCCUGGUCUCGUCCCCUCUCUCCUUCUGAUGACCCCGCUGCGGAGGUCCCACAGAAAGAGAAGGCCGACGAGGACUGGGAUGCCGCGCAGGAAAUAGACCCACACGUGGAGGAGAGCGAGUACGCGCAGUUCGUUUCACAAAUGCGCGGACGUAACCUGGACGAGGUCCGGAAGGAGAUCGACGACGAGAUAAGGGCGCUUAAAGAGCAAAGGAAAAUCGCGAUGCGCGACUCGGAGGAUAUCACCCACCAAAUGAUUUCUCAGGUUAUGCACGGCGCGGAGAUGAUGCUCCGCCUCUUCGGUAUCCCGUACAUUACCGCGCCAAUGGAGGCAGAAGCACAAUGCGCCGAGCUCCUCGCGCUCGGACUCGUCGACGGCAUCAUCACAGAUGAUUCGGACGUCUUUCUGUUCGGCGGCGCCCGCGUGCUUAAAAAUAUGUUCAACCAGUCCAAGACUGUUGAAUGCUUCCUGCUGUCAGACCUCGGGCGCGAGCUAGGACUUGAACGCGAAAAGCUCAUUCGUCUGGCGUAUUUGCUUGGGAGCGACUACACAGAGGGCUUGCCAGGUGUCGGGCCCGUAGUUGCGAUGGAGCUACUGACGGAGUUCUCCGGGUCUGACGGCCUGCACAAGUUCAGGGAGUGGUGGAGGAAAGUCCAAAGCGGCAGGGACACGCUUGAGGACAACAAAAGCAAAUUCCGGAAACGUUUUAAAAAGCGUUUCAAAGAACUCUAUCUUCCAGAAGAUUGGCCCAACCCUACAGUCCGAGAUGCCUACUAUCACCCCACAGUGGAUAGCUCGGAAGAGCCAUUUAAAUGGGGCUUGCCGGACCUCGAUGCUCUCAGGCAAUUCUUCAACGCCGAGCUGGGUUGGGCGCAAGAAAAGGUGGAUGAUCUGUUGCUGCCCGUUAUCCACAAGAUGGGCAAACGCAAUCAGGCUGGCAACACCAAUCGGCAAGGGAACCUCAACACGUUCUUCGAUGUUCCGACAGGAGCGGGAGCACCUCGCAAAAGGCAAGCAUAUGCAAGCAAGCGGCUGCAGCAAGUUGUAGCGGACUUCCGGAAACAAGCGCAGUUGCGACCGUCGUCGCCUUUGGAGAAUGCGUCUGAAAACGAGUACGAAGAGGGCGAGGAAGCUCGGCCCAAGAAGAAGCAGAAGCCAAGCAGGAAGUUAGACCCUACUAGGAGCAGCGGAACUGUACGGGGUAAACGAGGUCGUGGCCGUGGUCGUAGUGGCGGCACGUCUGCAUUGCGGAAAAAAAAGGGGCAGGAGUUGUCAGGCUCGGAAUCUGAUUCGUCUUCGGAAGGAGUGCCUUUGGCACAACCCGUCGAACCUGCCGCACAAGCACCGAACCUUCGUCCACGGCCGAGGCCCGCUUACAAGCAGGCAAUCCUUGAGGGUGAUGAGCACAAUGACACGGGGUAA